AUGGUGUCCCAAGGAAGCGCCCAGCAUGGCCCUGCCAGCCAUUGGAGCGCCGCCAAUCCAAUUCCUACCAUCCACAAGUUUGUCGAGAAGCUUGACAAGGAGAAGAAAGAUCGAGACCAGCGUAUCGAUGAGGAAUUCAAGCGUAGACAACAAGGCGCCCAGGAACAGGGUGAGUCUUUCGACCAAAAGGCAGAAGACAUUCGGAAGAAAGGGACUCGACGGGUCACAGAUCCAGUGACGGGUAAAGAAAUCGAGAUUGAAGAUGUUCAGAAACACUACUUGGAGCAAUCGAAGAAUCCAAAGCUCACUGUUCCGAAUGCCAAUCUAAACAAACCAACGAAUAUCAAAACCGACCCGAACCAGGAAUUCUCAGAAUACCGACACAUCCAAGACAUCACCUCUCCACCAGAGCCCGUGGCCCAAGGCACAACCUCCGAUGUCCCUAUCCACGGCGAAAAGACGAACAUUCUCUUCCACCCGACACCGUCGAUAACUUUCCAACCGAUGUUCGAUGACAUUGAGAAACGAGCCAAUGGCCUGGUAGCCGGCAUAUUCCUCGCUAUUAUCAUAGUAGGACGGACAUUUGGCGGGUCACUCUGGGGACUUAUACCUCUUGCUGCCUGCGUGGCAUCAGGAGUGUUUCUUUGGGUUAAAGAGCUUAUCCGCAGUGGUCGGGAUGCUGAAUGGCGUAGCGAGCAGCUCCGAGGCGAAACCGCAACUGCAAACCUUCUUCCCGAGUCUGUAGAAUGGAUGAAUGCGUUUCUGACCGUCACCUGGGGCUUAUUGAACCCUGAGAUGUUUGCUGGUGUUGCGGAUACCAUCGAAGAUAUUAUGCAGGCCUCGCUGCCCGGUGUUAUCGAGAACGUCCGCGUCGCUGAGAUUGGCCAGGGAAACAACCCUAUUAGAAUUUUGAGCAUCCGAUCUCUACCCGAUGGACAUGUCGAAGACUUGAAGCGCAAUGUCCGUGAGGAAAAUAAGAUAAACAAGGAUCCUCAGGAGGCUGCCGCUGAUGAGGAAGGAGGCAAUUAUUACAACUUCGAGGUGUCUUUUGCGUAUCAUGCAAAACCAACCGACGGGUCCACUUCUGCUAAAGCACGUAACAUGCACAUGCAAAUCGUGUUCUAUCUGGGAAUCAAGGGCCUCUUUGGCGUACCUUUCCCAAUCUUUGCCGAGUUGAUUGAGCUUAUUGGUACCGUUCGUGUGCGACUUCAGAUGACUCCUCAGCCUCCAUUUGCCAAGACAUUGACCUUCAGCUUGAUGGGUCUGCCACAUGUACGUGCUGGUUGUGUUCCUCUUCUCAAACGAGGAGUGAACAUUUUGAAUCUGCCGUUGAUUUCAAACUUUGUCAACUACGCCAUCGGAGCCGCUGCCAGUCUGUAUGUGGCACCCAAGUCUAUGUCUUUGGAUUUGAGUAUGAUGCUCAAGGGUGAUGAUAUCCAGAAAGAUACUUCAGCGUUGGGUAUCUUCUGGAUCCGUAUUCACCGAGCAAUCGGCCUCAGCAAGCAGGACCGCAGGGGCUCUGACGGCGGUGGUAGUGACCCAUACAUUAACCUUUCGUUCUCCAAAUAUGGCAAGCCGAUGUACUGCACUCGUGUAAUUACUGAUGAUUUGAAUCCGGUUUGGGAGGAGACGGCCGCGCUCUUGGUCACUCCAGAGUUGAUCAAGGCUGAUGAGCAGCUCAGUAUCGAGCUGUGGGACUCGGAUCGCAACUCUGCAGAUGACAUUGUAGGAAAAGUGGAACUUUCCAUCCAGGAAUUGAUCCAGCAUCCUGGCAAGAUGUACCCUCAAGUGUCGAAAUUACAAGGCAUGGAUGAGGGCAGUAGCAUGCCUGGUGAGCUGCGCUGGGAAGUCGGCUAUUUUGGCAAGCCACGUGUACGACCUGAACUGCGAACUGACGGAAAAGAUCCGGAACUUCCAGUCACUCUUCGGGGUGAACCCUCGCUGCAAGAUAACAAGGGGGUUAUCAAUACAAAAGAAGAAGAGGCAAUCACUACGACCCCGCCCGACCCAUUGUGGCCCAGUGGGAUUUGCAGUAUUGUGGUGCACCAGAUUGUCAACCUUCAAUUGGAGGAUAUUUAUGGUAGCCAGGGUAAUCGCAAAGGCAGAGAGUUUGAACCGGCUAAGGCAUACGGAGAAAACACUGAAGAGCAGGGUGAGGACCUGCCUACCAGCUAUUGCACAAUUCUGCUUAAUGACCAAUUGGUGUAUCGAACCCGUGCAAAGGCAGUUAGCAGCAAGCCUAUUUUCAAUGCAGGAACUGAACGAUUCGUCCGUGACUGGCGCUCUGCACUGGUUACCGUCACUGUCCGUGAUCAGCGACAUCGAGAGCACGACCCAAUCCUCGGUGUGGUUUCCCUAAGACUUUCUGACUUGAUGCAGACCUCGUCCCAAGUGACGCGCUGGUACCCACUCGAUGGAGGAAUUGGUUUCGGUCGUAUCAGAAUAUCUCUACUGUUCCGAAGCGUAGAGACCAAGCUUCCUCCAAACAUGCUUGGUUGGGAUGUUGGCACUUUUGAAUUCCUGUCAAAUCGUAUAACAUUGAAGAACUAUGCGCAAACUGCCAAGAUUCGUAUGCGCACUGGUGGUAGCACUGGAAAGCUGCCACGAUCCGCCUGCAAGAGUGGUGGAAAUGGUGGACAGUAUUUCGAAUUCUCUGACGCUAUGACAGCACCACGCCUGCCAGUCAAGUAUCGCUACCGGUCACCAGUUGUGUUUGAGUUCCAUGUCACAAACAAGCGAGGUGCUGCAGCAUACGCCGUUCUGUGGUUGCAGCAUCUCGUCGAUAACGAGGAGACACAAAUUGACAUUCCGAUCUGGACGACCAAGCGCCCAGACCGCUUGAUUCAGAACUAUGUCACGGAAGACAACUACAAAACACUCAACUUGGACUGCCUUAAGGACUUGACGGAAGUCGGUCGAUUGCAAUUCACUGGCCGAUUCUCAGCUGGUAUGGACGAGUCACACGAAAAGUUUGUCGUUGACAACAAUUCGCGCGAAACUUUCGAAUCAUGGGAAGCUUGCGUUGCCGAAGGUAUUCGCGGACGUCACGUCAUUGCUGAAACUCCAGAAAAUAUUCAAAGGCUCCAUGAAAAGUCUCUCGUGCAAGGCCGAGAUGUUUUACGAGAUAUUGAUCCAAAGGAACGUCAACGCUGGAUUACUAAGGAUGGAGUUGACUGGAGUGGCUCAUUUGGUGAAGAUCCAAAGGACCAUGUCGACCAGCAGGCCAACGGAUCAAGCAGUAACUUCUACAACACAGGCGACAACGAUGUAUCAGCCUACGACUAUGCCGAAACUAAUGACUAUGAUGAAGGCGACAGCAGCGACGACGACGAACACUCAACCCACGCGAAAAGCACACGAAGAGCCACGACCACAACGACAACAACUUCUUCUUCAUCAGGUGCAUCAUCAUCUAAAUCAGGCAACAAAGCCAACAAGCGCACCGAACAACGCCAACAACGCGGCCUGAUGCAAUGGAAACCAGCCCGCAAUGCAGUGUUUGCGAAGCACGAGGCUACAUUUGCGUUGAAGAAGGCGAAGAAGAAGUUUGGCAUGGGCGAUUUGACAGGUCGGGAGCCUGAUAUUGAGACUGAGGCUGGUUCUUAA